AUGCGCUUCUCUGAAGUAUUCCUUACCGCAACUUCUCUGCUUGGCUCCUUGGCCUUGGCUGGCAGAGAUGCUCCUACACCUGUCGUUCGGGCCAUCGAAGCCCGCGAUACCGCAGCCUGUGCCAGCGCCGCAAGCCAGUGGCUGUCCGAACUCGACUCGACGCUGCCAACCCCAACCGGCGAGGUCCUCACCUACCUAGCCACAGCUACCCUCACCGACCAGUGUGCGAUACCGACGGUGACUGGAGAUCUGGGGUCCAGUUUGAGCAGCUAUGCCAGCACUUACAGCAAAUGGCAAAGCGAUCAUCUGCCUGAGCUACGUUCCAUCUACCACGCCUGCUCCGAUGUGCCUCAGGUCACGAGUCAAUUGACUGCCGCCUUUGCGAGCGCGUCAGGAAGCGCCUGCAGCACCAUCUUGGCCCAGAUCACGGGCACCGGCGCGACUGGCAACGCUGCACCUCGCGAAACCGGAAUGCCGAUAGCAGCCGCCGCCUUGGCCGCCGGAAUUGCUGCCGUCAUGUUGUAG